AUGUCUGAGAUAAAAACACCAGCUGUCCUGGUGUCAGAGAUAGAAACACCACCUGCCCUGGUGUCUGAGAUAGAAACAACACAUGCUCAGGUGUCUGUGACAGAAACACAAACUGCCCUAUUGUCUGAGAUAGAAACACCACCUGUCCUGGUGUCUGAGACAAAAACACCAGCUGUCCUGGUGUCUGAAAUAAAAACACCACCUGUCCAGGCAUCUGAGAUAGAAACACCAUCUGCACGGGUGUCUGAGAUAGAAACACUACCUGUCCUGGCAUCUGAGAUAGAAACACCACCUGUCCUGGUGUUUGAGAUAGAAACGCCACAUGUCCUGGUGUCUGAGAUAGAAACAUCACCUGCCCUGGUGUCUGAGAUAGAAACACCAUCUGCACUGAUGUCUGAGAUAGAAACACCACCUGCCCUGGUGUCUGAGAUAGAAACAUCACUUGCCCUGGUGUCUGAGACAGAAACACCACCUGUCCUG